GGCCGAGAUGCUGGUGGCGGCGGCCGCGGAGCGGAACAAGGAGCCCAUCCUGCGCGUACUGCGGCAGUACGUGGACCCAGCCCAGCACGGCGUCCGCGUGCUCGAGGUGGCCUCGGGCUCCGGCCAGCAUGCCGCGCACUUCGCUCAGGCCUUUCCGCACGCCGAAUGGCAGCCGUCGGACGUGGACCAGCGCUGCCUGGACAGCAUCGCCGCCACCACUCAAGCCCAGAGGCUGUCCAACGUAAAGGCCCCGUUAUACCUAGAUGUGACCUGGGAAUGGGAGCAAUGGGGUGGAAUCCCGCCGCAGUCACUGGACCUAUUGCUAUGCAUCAACAUGAUCCACAUCAGCUCGCUGACUUGCACCAAGGGGCUUUUCAAAGCAGCGGGACACCUGCUCAAACCCAAGGCUGUAUUGAUCACUUAUGGGCCCUUUGCAGUCAACGGGAAGAUAUCUCCCCAGAGCAACGUGGACUUUGACCUGGCCCUCAGAUGCAGGUCAGACCUAGGAAUCCAGACUGGGGGCUCCGGGACACAGCCCUUUUGGAGGAACUGGGCCAGGCCAGUGGCUUGCUCCUGGAGAGGAUGGUGGAUAUGCCAGCCAACAACAAAUGCUUGAUUUUCCGGAAAGAAUAGCUUCUCUUCUUCCUCUCCUGUGCCUGCAUCUGCCAGAGGCUCUGUGAACCACACACCAGACCCCAGCACCCUGCCUCCUUGGUUAGGCCUUGGACUUAACUAACCCCUUCUAGUUGGGUGGCCACAGGGCUUCUGAGAUCCUGAGCCCAGUCUGUCCUUGAAUAAAGUGUUUCCUGCCACCCCUCACCAUGGGUGGGUAUGCACGA